CGCCGUUCCGUCACCAUCUCCGAAGUUGCCAACUUUCAAACUUCACGGUCAGUGCUCGAAGUGCCAUCAUCGCCAACCCUGUAAAAAUGCCUUCCUGCUAGACGUUUAUGUUAGCCAGUCGUUUAGUGCUUGUAUAAGAUUUCUCUUCUUUUUCGUAGCGCAGCGGCGCCUCUGCCACGGCCCCUCGCGCCACGCUUAAUUCAUCCAGCACAAUGUCCGAUGCGCCGAAUCCGUCAUGGCAUCCUGCCACGAUGCCAAACUCGCUCGCCGACCUGGCGCGAAGCGAGCCCGACGACGCCGCGCCAAUUCCCCCACAUGACAAUGGUGUCAUAACAGCACCAGUGCAGCCGGCUGCGUCUGGUGAGCAGGUUGAAGCUGGGUUCCAUGAGGACGGCACCGGCGACGAUCGGAUGGCAGCCUCUAGCAAUGCGCCGGCCGAUGGCACCGUCAGGACUGCUGAACGGCGAGAUGCUGCCGAACACGAAGGAAAUGCGCCACAGGGCGAGUCAAGCACGGCCUCAAAGCACUUCAGCACGAUGUCCUUCACCCGGACUGUGCCGCAUGAGGUGAAUUGGAAUGACGAUGGCGAUGCCGAAUGGAGCCUCCCCCGCACCACCACCGAUCCGUUCAAGUUCAUGCCUGAGAGCAACCGGACAAACUCUUUCCCACCCGUGGUUCCCUUGGAAGAUGGCACUGGGUCCAAAACCGAAGUUGAGACUGCGCCGCCGCAUGCGCUGGACCAGCCCAUAUCAUUCAACCAGGCCGAGGAUCUGAUGCGCGAGAUCGAGCAAGAGGAGAGCCAAGAACACGGAGCACUUCCCGAUGCUGCCGCUGGAAGCUCGCGGCGCGAUGCUGUUUCACAGGAUAUGAAAGAUGGCUCUACAGCGCACCAGUAUAUCGGCGGUGAUCUGAAGGCGACAGCUGAGGAAGCUUCAGAGGCUCGCUUCGAGGAAGGGGUCCCGCUGGUCUCGUCGUCUCAGCAUCAUGACCCCCACACAGACUCAACAGCAAAUGGCCACGACCUUUUCGCCGAGGAUGCGGCCGGGGAAGACGACGACUUCUUCAGCAAUGUGCGCGACCAAAAUUCCGGCGAGCAGAACGACUUCCAGCCGCCGCCCGUCGAACGGAAGUCUACGAUGGAUGUGCUGAAGUCCAUGAACAUGGGUUCCUCGGGGACUGGCUUCGCCCCUUUGGAGGAAACUGUCGAGGAAUCAGAAACUGAGGUGGAUGCCCCCCGGCCAAAAGAGAACGCAGUCCCGCCCCCAGAGAGCCCAGAAAAUGCAACCGGUCAGCCGCGGGCAGAGGAGGGGGAGAACCUGGAUGCCAAGUGGAAAGAAAUGUUUGCCGAGGACGAAGACGAGGAUUUCCUUCCGGAGGAAGGGGCCGACACGAAGGAGCUGGACGCAGCCGCUUUUCUUGGGAGCGAUGAUGAGGGCCUUCUCGAGGACUCCGAGGCCGAACAGGCGGAGCCAACCAAACCCCAGGCUACUCUCGGGUCUGUGCCGGCUCCUGACCCAAGCAGACACACAGUCACUGGGCAAUAUCUGCCUCCCCAUCAAACGGCGACGGUGACCACGCCAACGACGAAACGCUAUCUUCCUGCAGCAUCCCCUGCGACGCCAGCAAACUCUUAUCUGCCCGCGGCACCGGUUCCGGCAGUCCAGCCUCCUGUGGCUACCCCUUACGCCGUGCCUUCAACUGCCCCACCAGCACCUGCACAGUAUGGAUAUGGUGUUCCUCCUCCGCCUCAGGAGAAAAGCAAGGCACAAAGUUUCGUGGACAAGUCCAAGGGCGGAUACACCUCGCCGUACGAUCUUCCCAUGGAAGUAGUCAAGGCUCCCAAGAGGCGGGCGAGUGCCCAGCCACUCCAAAAUAACAUCCCGGGACCGAGGUCGCCUGCCGCCGUGCCGCCACCACCCCGGAGCGCAAGCAUGCAGACGUACCCGUCCCCUCCGACCAGUGCCCCGGCGCCUGCUACGGGCCGCCCGGGGUCUAGCCACUCUUCGCAAGGACAGUCGACCCGAACUAAGCCAUCCCACGAGAGCUUCUUCGAGGAACUCCCCGUCACUACCAAGCCGCGCCCUGCUUCCCGGCAAAGCCAGAAGAGCAUCCCAUCGCCGACGCCACCGGCUCCCUAUGGCUUCCCACCCCAGACCGCUCCGCCUUCGGUCACAUCCCACCCGAUGCCUCCUGGAACCCACGGGCCCCCCAAGUCCGAUGCAGGUGUUCCUGACCUCGUCGCUCCGCCGCGCGUUAACCCUUAUGCUUCCUUAAGCACCGGCCCCGGGCUCCCGCCUGCAGUUCCUGCAUCCGCCUCGACCCGCUACUCUCCCGCCCCGCCUUCGGCACCCUAUGCUAAUGGCCCUGUCCCCGCCCCGGCAUCGAGCCGGUAUUCUCCCGCCCCGCCAGCGUCACGACCACCGAGCAGUGGCUAUGUACCGGUUCCCACAACCCCGGGCCCGCCGAUUUUGCCUCACCAGCCUCGUACCUCCAGCCCACUGGCGCAGUUCGAGAUGUCCCACGAGCGUGCGCGACCCCAUGCACAGGUUGACCAUGCUGACGGCGUGCUGGCCGAGAGGCGAAGCAGCAGUUCCCUGCACGACUUGCGGCUCCAGAGGGUACCAUCCCUCCCGCCCACGAGGGAAGUUGAGGAAGAGGAAGCCCCGGCUCAGGUGCAGCCAUCGCCCGGGGGCGCUAUGCCGUCCCAGCCAACCUCGCCACCCGUGUCGAGAUACGCCCCGCCUCCCCAAGGAUUGAGACAAACCCCCCCGCCUUCAGCUCUUCCAGGCCAGGCUAUGUUGUCGCCUCCCAAGCGCGCCGCGUCCAGCCACAGUCCUUUGGCGCCGCCUUAUGACUUCGCGCCACCCGCCCGCUCGCAGACGCAGUCCCCUGGAGCAUUGUAUGGCAACCGGGGCGCGAAGCCCGUCGAGCCAAUUCCCCGUCCGUCUUCGGUAAACGAUUCAACUUCUCCGCGGUCGACAGCAUAUCCCGCUGCCGCGCAUCCUGCUGCAAUGGUGACAUCCGCGCCCGUCCCAGCCCCCGCCGCCCCAACUCAUCGCCGUCCCAGGGGUGCCUCCCUCAAUCUCAACGUAAUUCCUCCCACAGAUGGUCGAGAACACGAUCCGCUCCAGCGAUGGCGAGGUGCGCCUCUGAUCUCUUGGGGUGUGGGUGGGACAUUCGUCACAAUGUUCCCGAAGGAGGUGCCGCGGUACGGAAUGAACCAAAGCAUUCCCGCGGUGGUCCGCAGUCCGGGGGAGGUCAGGAUCAAAAACAUCAAGGACAUCAUUCCUUUGGAGGAGCGGCUGGCAAAGUUCCCGGGCCCUCUGAAGGGCAAGUCGAAGAAAAAAGAGACCAUUGCCUGGCUGACCACCGGCAUCGAGAGUUUGGAACAGGGUUUGCCGUCGACCUUGUUUCCCCCUGCCCAUCUAUCUCAUGAAGACAAACGCGCCAUUGAGCGAGUUCUUCUAUGGAAGAUACUUCGCGUCUUCGUCGAGCACGACGGCGUCCUGGAGGGUAACCCAACUGUCGAGAAGGCCGUUCGGGACAUCUUGUCACCUGGCAUUGAGCCCCCAGAAAUCGCAGCGCCCUAUACGAACGGCGCGGCCGCCCUCGGGCUCAGCGGCGCCCCGGCAACCGGUGUACAGGGUGACGGGGUCAGCUCCUCUACCGUUGAGCAGAUUCGUCGGCAUCUCCUUGCCGGCGAGUCCGAAAAGGCUAUCUGGGCAGCGGUGGACCAGCGCCUGUGGGGUCACGCUCUCCUGCUUUCUGGCGCCCUCAUGCCCAAUCUGUACAAGCAGGUUGCGCAAGAGUUCGUGAAGAAAGAGGUGAACUUCCCAGGCCACAACAAUGAGUCCCUUGCUGCUUUGUACGAGGUACUCGCUGGGAAUCAUGAGGAGAGCAUCGAUGAGCUCGUGCCAGUGCACGCCCGUGCCGGACUGCAGCUCAUGGCCACAAAUGCGGCAUCUGGGCCUUCGAAGGAUGCCAUGGAAGGGCUCGACAAGUGGCGGGAGACGCUCAGCUUGAUCCUCAGCAACAGGAGCUCCGAUGACGUGCGGGCGAUUAAUUCGCUCGGCGUAUUGCUGUCCGGCUAUGGGAGAGCAGAGGCAGCCCACAUCUGCUUCAUGUUCGCUCGCAGCUACACCGUCUUCGGUGGCCUAGAUGACCCAAACUCGCAUUUUGUGCUUGUCGGAUCGGACCACAAGAAGCAGGCCGAGCAAUUCGCCAAGGAGAUCGAGCCACUCCUGCUAAGCGAGGUCUACGAGUAUGGCCAGAGUCUUGCUGGAGGCUCCAGCGUGCCCAUCACGAACCCGCACUUAGCGGCCUACAAGUUGCAACAUGCCUUGGUAUUGGCCGAGUACGGGUUCAGGGACAAGGCCUUACAGUAUUGUGAUGCGAUCGCAACGGCAAUCACGUCGCAGACCAAGAGAUCUCCGUAUCACCAUCCCAUCCUGGAGAAUGCUGUUGAGGACCUCUUGAGGCGCCUCAAGUCGGCCCCCAAGGAGGAAUCCAAUUCCUGGAUCCCCAAGCCGAGCAUGAAUAAGGUCUCGGACUCGGUAUGGAGCAGAUUCAACAAGUUUGUCGCCGGCGACGACGAAGUGUCUGGCCAAGGAUCAACAGGGGAGGCAGAGUCUGGGCCGUUUGCUCGCAUCGCGGGGGGCACCCCAACCAUCAGCCGGUCGCCCUCGACCAACAAUCUGGAGACGUUUGGCGCUGCAGUGCCCAGUUACGGCGUGCCACCGCCUCUGCCUAACGGCCCGGUCCCGGUUUCAGCGCCGCCAACUAGGGCUGCAUCUCGCUAUGCGCCGGGGGCUGCUCAACCCGCGGGCACCAGCAGCAGACCCUCGACCUCGGCAUACGCACCUCGGUCAUCGAUGGAGCGGACAUCGAGCGAUCUGAACCGAGGCUCGUUCGAGCUGCCCAGGCGGUCUUUGGAACAACGUGCGGGCUCGGACAGCCCGGUCAGGAGCGCUUCGCCGGCUGCGGCGUACACGCCUUAUAGUGCCGGGUAUAGCGCACCACAGGAGUCACCGUACAGCACAGUCUCUACGUCAGCGCCGCCUCAAACCCCCGCGAGUGCUCCCCCUCAAACUAUUGGCUAUCCCGGCAUGUCGGUUGGUGAAACCAACUCCGACCGCGCUUCGGACGCUCCUGGUCAAUCUCCUAAACCGUCUGGAUGCCAACCCCCUUCCUAUGGGUACGAGCCACCUUCGCUCACAGCAGACGAGCCGCCUGCACAGGGGCAGAACAGUGCUUCUGAUGAGGGUUCUGGAGGCAGCUCCUAUGAGCCGCCUUCGUACCAGCCGUAUGGCUACGAACCGCCGUCUUACGAGCCGGGGCCCGAGUCAUCCAACGAUGAUGCUGACUCUGGCGAAGAGUCGAAGCCAAAGCCGAAGAAGAAGGGCAUCAUGUACGACGACGAGGAUGACUUCCCAAUGCCGAAGCCCGCCGAGAAGACCAAGGAGGAGAAGGACCGGGAGAACGCCGAGUUGAUCCGCAGGGUGGCCGAGGAAGAUGCCAAACGCGCCGAAGCAGCCAAGCAAGCCAAGAAAGGCUGGGGCUUCACAUCCUGGUUCGGCGGCGGCGCCAAGAAGGAUUCGGCGUCCCAAGAUGCAUCAGCUCCGAACAAGCCGAUCCGCGCCAAGCUAGGAGAGCCAAAUUCCUUCUACUACGACCCCGAACUCAAGCGCUGGGUCAACAAGAACGCCGGCCCCGAAGACACAACCAAGAAAGCCACGCCCCCGCCACCCAAGGGCCCCAGCCCGCGGUCCGUCAGCGCCAGCUCUGCCGGUCCUCCGCCCGGCUCAGGCUCAGGCCCAGACGCAGGCCGCGCUAGCGCCCCGCCGCCGAGGUCAUCGGCGCGCUCCUCAAGCGUCGGCCCCCCGCCCCCGUCCUCCUCGUCCGACACGAGCCUCCCGGCAUCCGGCGCCGCAGGCGGCUCGCUGCCGCCGCCGCCGGCCGGGCCGGUGUCGAUGCUGCGGUCCGCGUCCAACACCAGCACGGCUAGUGCCCCGCCGCUGGGAGCGGGCAGCGGCAGCAGCACGGGCACCGGCACGGGCGCGGGCACGCCGCGGCCGCCGACCAGCCUGAGCAACUCGAGCAGUAUCGAUGACUUGUUGGGGGCUGCGGGGCCCAGGAAGCCCGGCGCGGCCAGGAAGGGGCGGAAGGCGGCGCGGUAUGUGGAUGUUAUGGGCCAGUGAGUCGGGUCCGGGGUUCCAUGCGGUGUGUUGUUUUUGCGGGGGGUUGAGUGGGUGGGAUGAUUC